AUGAGAAUUAAUAUGGGAUUUAGUUCUCUAAUGAUGUUUUUAAUUAUUGUAAUAUUGAUGCAAUUAGGAGAAGUGAAAGGUUUUAAGACAUUUGUAGUAGGUGGUAGAAUUAAUUGGACAGUUCCUCAGGGAAAUCAUACUACUUUCUAUGAUGAAUGGGCUGCUUCUAAGAGGUUCCAUGUUGGUGAUUCCCUUCAUUUUAUAUACCAAAAUGAUUCAGUUCUACAAGUAGACAAAUAUGGAUACUAUCAUUGUGAUAUAACCAAAUCCACUGCUACCUUCACUGAUGGUGACACUCAUUUGAAGCUUGAACAUCCUGAUUUAACGUACUUUAUUAGUGGUUACGUUGACCAUUGCAUCAAUGGUCAACGGUUGGCUGUGGAUGUCAUGUCUCCACAUUCGCCUCUGGUCGGAGUUCCACCGGAGUCUCCAGGCCCAUCUAAGGCGCAUAACUCGGGCUUUCGUCUUGCUCCUUUGGCUCAAGUCUCUGCACUUAUUGGGCUACUUGUUACUUCUAUCUUGUUUGCUUAAUUAGUAGUAUCAUAGAUAGGUUAAUGGUUAUUACUUAGUAUG